AUGGCGAUGGGUGCUGCUCUCUUCCUGCCGCACAGCGACUGCUGCAUUUUUCGCCUGGGCACUCUCGCCAGUCUGGAUUUCGAUGAAACCAAAAAAAGUUCCUCCUUCUCCUCCUUGGAGGACCUUCAAUCACUUUUCGAAGACACCUCUGAGGCCUACCGUCUGCAUAUAUUGCGAGACGUGCGACUUCGGCUUCCCUUGUCUCCGGUGGCUGAAGGGAAGAAUUUGUCUGAACCUAACAGUCAACUAAUAACAGGAGGGGAGGGCAAGACUGGAAGGCCUUCAAUAAAAGUGUUUAAGCCACUCUUCUAUAGUUAUGACGGCAGCCUCGCCUCCAUUUCCCUCUCGACAACGCGACAAAUACCAACAGAAGUUGUCAUUAUCCGGCAAACUCAGGUGGGAAUUUUGAUCGUGCACUUUGGUUCCAAUGUUGCUCCCGGGAACGCCAUUCAGUUUGUCGAAAAAUUCUCGCUAAAUCUACCGAUCCUAUCAGACAAGGCAGACAAACAAUAA